GAGGGAGAGACACACACGCACACAUACACAGACAGAAUAAAAUUCCUUCUGCCUGCUUCCUCUGAGGCCCAAUUUCUGCCUUUUUAGGGGGGCUUGUUUUUCUUCUCGGAGAUUCCACAAGGGCAUUUUAUGCCAGGAGCCUUUGCUGUGGGCACCCAGUACCUUCUCUGUUCCACACCAGGCAUGUGAAGAUGUCAGUGGGCUGCGCAUGUCCUGGCUGUUCCUCUAAGUCAUUCAAGCUGUACUCGCCAAAGGAGCCCCCCAACGGCAACGCCUUCCCCCCCUUCCACCCAGGCACCAUGCUGGAUCGAGAUGUGGGGCCCACCCCGAUGUAUCCACCAACAUAUUUGGAGCCCGGGAUAGGGAGGCAUACGCCAUAUGGGAACCAGACAGACUACAGAAUAUUUGAGCUGAACAAACGUUUGCAAAAUUGGACAGAGGAAUGUGACAAUUUGUGGUGGGAUGCUUUUACCACAGAGUUUUUUGAAGAUGAUGCAAUGUUAACCAUCACUUUUUGUUUGGAGGACGGACCAAAGAGAUACACAAUUGGACGGACGCUGAUCCCUCGGUAUUUCCGCAGCAUCUUUGAGGGAGGAGCCACAGAGCUGUACUAUGUCUUGAAGCACCCCAAGGAGUCAUUCCACAAUAACUUUGUUUCCCUCGACUGUGAUCAAUGCACAAUGGUCACACAACAUGGCAAGCCUAUGUUCACACAGGUAUGCGUAGAAGGCAGAUUAUACCUGGAGUUCAUGUUCGACGAUAUGAUGAGGAUAAAAACAUGGCACUUCAGUAUCAGACAGCAUCGAGAGCUCAUUCCCCGGAGUAUUCUAGCCAUGCAUGCCCAAGACCCACAAAUGUUGGACCAGUUGUCUAAAAACAUUACAAGAUGUGGACUUUCCAACUCCACGCUAAACUACCUCCGACUAUGUGUCAUCCUAGAGCCCAUGCAGGAGCUUAUGUCCAGACACAAGACUUACAGUUUAAGUCCUCGGGACUGUCUCAAGACUUGUCUCUUUCAGAAAUGGCAACGAAUGGUGGCGCCUCCGGCUGAACCAGCCAGGCAAGCCCCCAACAAGCGCAGGAAAAGGAAAAUGUCCGGGGGCAGCACCAUGAGUUCUGGAGGGGGCAACACAAAUAACAGCAACAGCAAAAAGAAGAGCCCAGCCAGUACCUUCGCCCUCUCCAGCCAGGUACCUGCCUCAGCUUCCCCUUGAGCUCCAAGAAGCCGCUUCUGACCACGCGUAGUAGUGGAAGGAAGGGACACGCCUCUGCCUUGAUUAUGUUUCUGGAACUCUUCCCUUUCAGGAUGUAAUGGUGGUGGGCGAACCAACCCUGAUGGGAGGAGAAUUCGGGGAUGAAGACGAACGGCUCAUAACCCGUCUGGAGAACACUCAGUUUGACGCCGCCAAUGGAAUUGAUGACGAGGACAGCUUCAAUAACUCGCCAGCACUAGGCGCCAACAGCCCAUGGAACAGCAAACCUCCCUCAAGUCAAGAAAGUAAAUCCGAAAACCCAACUUCACAGGCUUCACAGUAAAAAAUAAAAACAAAAUGGCAAAAAAAGAAAAAAUAUAUAUAUGUGUAUAACAGGCCGAUGUGGAGGAACAAAAUGUUUUAAAUAAAAGUAAAGUCUCCAAAAAAAAAAAAAAGGAAAAAAAAAGAGCUGAAACGUAUCUACCUGUAAAUUGAAAUAAAUGACAUUUUAAAUGUAACCCCUAUAGGUCCUGCCUUUUUAAAAAGAGGGGUUAGCGUAAGAGCAAAAUGGGAAAGGAGGUACUGUGGACCAUGCGCUGCCAUCUUAACAGAAGCAUUUUAGGGUCUCUUAGAGAGCAGUGUGUGUGUUUCUAUCACUAUAAAUAUGUGUAUAUGGGCUGGGAGGGGGGAGCCACAUUAACCAACCGGGGGACAAACACUGACAAAGCCAUACAUUUAGUGAGAGAUACUCUAGUGGGCAUGAGCUCAACCAGUCUGUCUGGCUUAGCACUUUAUUGGAGAUCUCCGGCACCCAAAUCUUCUAUGUAUCCUUUCAUUUGGGCAAUAGAACUUUCUUAAUGUACAAGGACAAGAGCAAUACUCUCUGUAACUCACAUUUCAAAAUGGCGCCUCCUGUCCUUUGAUUCCUCAUUGAUCGUGUGGUAGCAACUUCAUCUCCUUUGCGCUAACAUGAACCAAUGGCACGUGGCUGCUUGUUUGGGCAAAGCUGGUCAUGCUGGGGAAGGCCUUCUCUCACAUGGGGGAACAUUAGGCGUUUCUGGAUGGAUGAUGGUGUGUGUGUACAUGGGGGGUUUGAUCAAGUUUCUAAUUAAGCAUAGCAACAAUAAUUAGAGCCUACUUAAUUCUAUUUUAUUCUUUCUUUUUUUUUUUUUAGUUUUUGAUAUUGAAAGCUUUCAUUGGCUGAAUGUUUUCCCUGCUUUCUACACUGCUGAAAUUGGCAGUCAAAAUAUUUUAUACAUUUAAAUAUAUUUCAAGUUUUUUGUACUAAGCUACAAAAAACUAAGCUACUAAAUGAGCCUCCGGAAUGUUCUGUUUUUUUAUGUAAUUUAAAAUGUGGCAAGAAACAAGUAUACUUAUUUAGAACAUUUUCAGGGUUAUGUAAUAAAGGGCACUUAGUUUACCCAGGAUCGGUAACCCAUAGCAACCAAUCACCAGGAAGCAUUUACUGGUCACCUGUUUAAAAGAAAACAUCCUAUUGGUUGCUAUGGGUUACUGCUCAUAAGCAAACUUAGUGCCUUUUAUUACAAAUGGAGGUUAGUUUUCUAAACUGGUACAGGUAUGGGACCUGUUAUCCAGAAUGCUUGGAAGCUGGGGUGUUCAAGACAGGAUGUCUUUUUGUAAUUUGGAUCUCCAUACCUUAAGUCUACUAAAAAAAAAUCAUACAAACAUUACAUAAACCCAUUAGGAUUGUUUUGCCUCCAAUAAGGAUUUAUUAUUUUAGUUGGGAUCAAGUACAACGUUCUGUUUUAAUACUACAGAGAAAAUGGAAAUUGUUUUUUAACGUUUCUAUUAUUUGCUUAUAAUGGAGAAUGUGUUUCUGGAUAACAGAUCCCAUACCUGUAUAUAUUAUAACUUCUCCCCAUAGUCCUAUCAAUAUGAUUCCAAUUCAGCGCCAGAGGAUAGAGUAAGGGCCUGAGAGCGCUUGUCUUGUAAUGCAGAAGGGGUUAAUGUCCGGCGGCAGUUGUUGGUUCGCAGUGCCUCCUCCAGAUUUCUCUUUUUUUUUUUUUUUUCUUUCAGUUUUGUUUUUGUUUUAUUUUUGUUUUUAAAUAAUAUUAUUAAAAAGUAAGUUAAAAAAUGCUGUCCUGAUUUUUGUACUGGCUUAUUAUAUAUCUCUUUCCAAUCUUAUUUUAUACUGUCCCAAAAGCUUCAAACCAAGAAAACAAAAAGACUUUGCAGAAUUUAUUUGUAAAAACCCCUCCCUCCGAGCAGUGGAAGAGAAGAACUAUUUUUAGUGGUUAAUUUCUUUAUUAAAUGUACAACGUGUGUGCUUCUCUCUCUCUCUCCUUCCCACGUUCUGUUUCUCGCCUCGGUUUGUAUAACUUGUGCUUGUACAUUUUUCGCUCAGUAGAAGCCGUGUGUAAUUCUGGUCUUACUGUAUUAUUAGAAAACAAAAUGUCUUUUAUAUAUAGGGGCAGUGGGUGGGCCGCAGGGGAUUUCCCAUAGUACCUUACUGCAUUCAUGGGGCAGUGUAUUGUCACCAGUUUUCUGAUUUUUUUUUUUGCAAAUCUAAAGUUUUAUAUAUUAUUGGGGAAUGCAAGUAUUCUAUUAUGUGUCCCUUCUGGAAGCCCAAGCUGUUUAAUCCCCAUACUAAGCAUUUCAUUGAAAAGGGGGAUAAUAUUUCCUUUAUUACAUUUCCACUGUCCACUACACCUUUCCACAUGACUAUAGAUUGGUCAAAACAAGGCUUGUUGGGAGCUAAGGAAUGAAAAGGAACACAGCCUAUUCCUAGUGAUGGGCUGGCUCAUUGCUUAUUGAAUAAUAACCUGUCGGAAGGUUUGUCUGUUCCCAAACGGCAGCAGCAAAGUGCCAAGUGAAUGUGGCGUCCCCUAGAGAAGGGCAUUUACUCUUCUGCAUUGUUAUAUUGUCGCUUUUAUCUAUCGUUCCUCCUUUGUUGCUUAUUUUUUUCAUGAAAUGUAUUAUAUUCAGUUAUGCAAAUACAUUUUCAGUUUUAUGAAA